AUGAGGUUUAUGCAGGAAUGGAAUCUUACAAGUGAGAAGAUCCUGCGCUUAGUUCAGCCAUCAGAUGGAUGGCAGUACAGGGAGCUGAAAAAGGAUUGGGAAAUACCAAUGAAUUUUGUGGAUCCCAAAGAAAUUGACAUCCCGAGUCACGGAACUAAAAACCGCUAUAAAACAAUUUUGCCAAAUCCUCUAAGCAGAGUGUAUUUGAAACCAAAAAAUCCAUCUGACUCCUUGAGUACCUACAUAAAUGCUAACUACAUUAGGGGAUAUGGAGGUAAAGAGAAAGCUUUCAUUGCAACUCAGGGACCCAUGAUUAAUACCGUGAAUGAUUUCUGGCAGAUGGUUUGGCAAGAAGACAGCCCUGUCAUUGUUAUGAUCACAAAGCUGAAAGAAAAAAAUGAGAAAUGUGUGCUCUAUUGGCCAGAAAAAAGAGGAAUCUAUGGGAAGGUUGAAGUCCUUGUUAACAGCGUGCAAGAAUGCGAGAACUAUACUGUCCGUCAGCUUACAAUAAAGCAAGGGAGUCAGUCUCAGAGUGUGAAACACUACUGGUACACGUCCUGGCCGGACCACAAGACCCCCGACAGCGCUCAGCCUCUGCUGCAGCUCAUGCUGGACGUAGAAGAGGACAGGGUGGAAUCACCUGGCAGAGGGCCUGUCAUUGUGCACUGCAGUGCUGGUAUAGGAAGAACUGGAUGUUUUAUUGCCACGGCCAUUGGUUGCCAGCAGUUGAAAGAAGAGGGAGUUGUAGAUGCAUUGAGCAUUGUCUGCCAGCUACGAGUGGAUAGGGGUGGAAUGGUUCAGACCAGCGAACAGUAUGAAUUUGUGCACCAUGCAUUGAGUCUGUAUGAAAGCAGACUUUCUGCAGAAGCUGUCCAGUGAAGCCAAGGAGGGUAAACCCGAAUGUCAGUCUCUUGAGGUAAUUUCUUUCAUUACCUACCAGCAGCUUCUUCAAGGAGUUUACUGCAGUGGGAAGAGUGGCUUUGAGGCCAACUUCUGAAAGGAUUGUGGACGGUUUGGUGAAGUAUAGAGAUUGCUGGACCCUUACUGUAUAUGAAUGUAUUGUGAGCUUCCCAAAAAUGAUUUAUAAAGAAGGUACCGUACUGAAACUACACAUGGAUUUCACAUAUAUAUCUAAAGGUGGGUUUAAUUCUGUAAUACUGAUAUCUGCCAUAUGGAAUGUAUGUAUGUGCUACUGCUGCAGUCGGAUGGACAUUGGAACUUCCACAGAAGAAAUGUUUAUCAAGUGUAUAAAUGCUUUAACGUUUGCAAACUGUCUUGUGAAUGGACUGUCAACUGUACUGUAAAGUGCUAUUACUGAUUAUGUGGUGAGCUUGUUUCUUGGCCACAUAAUAUUCUUGCUGCUAAAAUUGCAAGUGUUCAAUUAUGGAUUAAAAACAAGAAGAUGAGAUAAUAAAAAAAACAAAAGUCUUGUUUUUGAAAAUAUUCAAAAGCAGUUAAUAUUUUAUAUGGAAAUAUAUGUUCUUCAUUCUAUUAACUAUUAAAUGUGUAUUUACUUAGGUCUUACAGAGCAGUUGCAGAGCACAAUGUCUGUUAUUCAGUAUGUAUGUAUUUACCCUGUACUGUUGAUUGUCUUAGAACAUGCUUCUGCUACAGACCUGAAUCCAGUGUAUUUGUAAAUUGUGUAAGUCAUUUUACUUUUAAAGGAAACUUUGUAGCAUAUAUUAAAUGGUAAGGAUUUUAAAUAUUUGUCUGUCUUUUAUUAAUAUGGGAUUUUUUUGCUUAUGUUGUUUAUCUGCUCUAUCUCUUUCAGUAAGAGAUAGAUGCCUUCAGUGAUACGAACUGCUCCACUACAGGUUAUACGAGAAAGAAAAUGCUGCUAUGACUGUUUCCUUUACUGUUCAGUAAGAGUUUGUUUUUAAGAGAAAUGCAAAGUUGGCAUUUUGACUUACAGCACUGGGGGGUCUGUUUACAGGGUAUAACGAGUUUUUAAUGCAGUGAUGUUGACUUUGCUUCAUACUGCUAAUAAAUUACACUUGGUAUAAAA